AUGGAGAGUCAAGAUCCUGAAAACAGAGUAAUUGCCAUGAACAGAAGAAGAAGCAAAUAUUUGCCAAUAUAUUUACUUCCCCCUUAUUUUACAAACUCGAAAGAAAGACAUUGGAGAUCUUGGCUGGUGCAGACAAUUAUUGUAUCUAAUAUAAUCAUGUUUAUCAUCACCAUGUUCGUCAACAAUUGUCCUAAAAACAAUAUUCUAGAGAUUAAUGGCCAAUGUGUAGCCAAAUUCCUAGGCAGGUUUUCGUUUCAGCCUCUCAAAACCAAUCCUCUUUUCGGCCCUACUUCAUUAACGGCGUUUAAAUUGGGAGGUUUAGAAUGGAACAUGGUGGUUAAUGGUCAUCAAUGGUGGAGAAUGUUCGCUGCCAUCUGGUUACAUGCUGGUGUUAUUCAUUUGUUUGUAAACAUGUUAAGUCUGUUUUUAAUUGGAAUUCGUCUAGAACAACAGUUUGGAUUCAUGAGAAUUGGAGCGAUUUACCUAUUAUCUGGAUUAAGUGGAAACAUUUUGUCAUUACUUUUUCUCCAAAAUGGUAUAUCAGUUGGUGCUUCUGGUGCUUUGUUUGGACUUAUUGGAGCAAUGUUAUCAGAGCUUCUCACUAAUUGGACUGUUUAUACAAGAAAGUUAUGUGCUAUGUUAUUGCUCUUGAGCAUGAUCAUUGGAGAAUUGGUAUUUGAUGGCAUUCAUAGUUGGCGAGUUAAUAACUUCGGCCACAUUGGUGGAGUCUUGAGUGGUUUUCUUCUCGGAUUUGUAUUGUUGCUUCGUCCUCAGCCUCUUCCUCGAACUCUUCCUGUUACAAAAUCCAAGUAUACUGUGUUUCAGUGGGUAUCUCUAGUAAUUUCUCUGUUAUUGUUCAUUGUUGGAUUCACAGUUGGGAUAGUUAUGGUUUCAAGAGGAGAUAAUGGGAAUGAUUAUUGCAACUGGUGUCAUUACUUAAGCUCAAGAUAAUAUGUAUAUCAUAGAAUGGUAGCA